CACCCCUUUAACUACAACUAGUGUACACUGUAAUGAGUACAGUAAUUUGAAAUAUUUUUUGAAAACCUGUUAUAAUAAUUGUUUCAUGAAACCUAUUCCGAUGAGGAACUAUGUUUUGAUCUGUUGACGGGUGAUUACGUUAGCUUUCAAACUGACCGAUAAAAUUUGAUCCAACUGUAAAUGCAAUCAUAAUUAGUUUUAAGAAAAUAUGGAUCUGAUUUUCCAUGAGAAGCAAGAAGGCCAAUUGUGUGCAAAACAUUGUCUUAAUGCUUUACUCCAAGGACCUUAUUUUACAGAAUUUGAUUUGGCCACCAUUGCGAAGACCAUCGAUGAUGAGGAGAGAUUGAAAAUGGCAGAAGGUGGGGAAAACAGAGCAGAGUAUCGGGAAUUCAUUGAGGGUCCUUCUUUUAACAUGGAUGAUAGUGGAUAUUUUUCUAUUCAAGUUAUUGCAAAUGCUCUUAAAGUGUGGAGUCUAGAGCUGAUACCUUUUAAAAGUCAAAAUGCUAUAGCAGAAAUCGCUCGUAAAGAUCCUACGUCCCAAAAAUGCUAUAUUUGCAAUUAUAGAGACCAUUGGCUGACAAUAAGGAAGAUUGGUAACCAAUGGUUCAAUCUAAACUCAUUGCUAAGUGGACCUGAAUUGAUAUCGGACACUUACUUGGCCCUCUUUUUGGCACAAUUGCAAGAAGAAGGAUACUCUAUUUUUAUUAUUAACGGAGAAUUACCUGCAUGUAAAUCUGACCAAGUAUUAUCGACCAUGAGAGUUGAACAAACAGAGAAACCUCAUGCUAUUGUUGAAUAUGGUGACCGAAGCUCAACGGAAGCAGUAAAAGGGGAUUCUUUCACCGGAGAAGGAGACGAAGAGAGCUGUAUAGCGAGAGCGAUCGCUGCAAGUUUAGAAAGUGAAUUGGAAGACGAACAAAAACAACUUCAAGCUGCUAUCGCCAUGAGUUUGGAGUCACAAUAAAUUAUCAUGUUUUUCAUUUUAA